UUACGUAUUGUUUCUUGAACGAGCAACAUAAAUUACAAGUACCAAAUCAAAUACCUGGCCACGUAAAGGCUUUUAUAGUAGUGACGUAGGACUUUCUUAAAUUGCUUUAUGUAUAGUGGCAAUCGUGUCGGUCGUUUAUCGUGAACGCACGGUUGAGCCACGCCGGUCGUCCACUCGAAUGCGUUGCUUCAGAGUACAGUCGGCUACGCUUCUCGACAACGGGCAGCCAACGUCGUGGCUGCCUAAAUAGUGUAUCCUCUAUGCUGCUUCCCGAUAAACGUGUAUUAAUUCAAUUAUAAAUAAAUUUAAUAGAUAUUCCUCAUUUGAUUAAUUAUGGAACAAGUGAUUAAUAUUUUCUAUUAACGGUCAUUGUUGGUCUAACGUGAUAAUGUUUCGUUUUAUUUUUACCAGAGGUGAUUUAGUGUGAAGUUAACUUUCCAGUUGGAUUGACAGAAAUCAAAAUGUACGCUACUUCAACGGCUUCAACUACGACAUCAGGGUCGGGACGGGCAGCGGGAGUGGCUUCAACGGAACGCCGAGUGCGAGUCUUGAGGUUGCUACGCCCCCGCAGAUCUACUCCCGCAUUUGGUUUCUCGUUACGAGGUGGGAAAGAAUAUGGCUCCGGUUUCUUCAUUUCGAAAGUGGAGUUUAAUUCGGAAGCCCACCUCCAGGGCCUAAAGGUCGGUGACCAGUUGGUUAGCGUUAAUGGAUAUAGAGUAGAUGAUGCAGUCCACGGAGAAUUAAUUCACUACCUCGCUUCUCAAUCCAGACUCAAAAUUAAAGUGAGACAUAUUGGCAUGUUACCAGUCAAAGAGAAAGGACACGAAGCUUUAUCAUGGCAAUUCGUGUCGGAACGUGCAUCGCUCGGGUCCGACGUGUCAUCUUCUCCAACGCUUUGUCAUGACACGGAAGGACUUGUGGAUCUACGCCUUUCAAUCUUGGUUCCACCCCGAGCCAAACUCGGUUGUGGGAUUUGUAAAGGACCUGAAUGGAAACCGGGGAUAUUUGUUCAGUUUGUAAGGGAAGGAGGGAUUGCGAGAGAGGCAGGAUUACGUCCAGGUGAUCAAAUAUUAUCCUGCAAUGGCACAGAUUUCGGCAAUAUCGCCUUUAAUGAGGCUAUAACGGCAAUGAAAGCAACGGGACGCUUAGAACUGGUGAUACGCGAAGGCGCCGGGACUGAACUAGUAUCGCCGGAGAGCUCAGGGUAUAACAGCUCCGCUUCGUCUGCGGCGGGAGAGAGAAGUCCCGCGCCCACGCCGCACGUACCGCUCGCACCUCCUGCAGCUUUACGCCGCCGUCUCGCGAGCGUCGCUGAAGAAGCGGCCGAUCGCGCCGACAGGCUGACCAUGAAUAGACUGAAAAGACGCACUUGGGACAGCUUAGAUUUCGAUUGGAAGCACAAGGAUAUUCAUAACUUUGAUGCUCCCUCCGAUAUAGAACCCGAUUACGAUUGUCCAAGCAUACCAAACAAUCCACAUACGUUUGAAAAUAAAGCAAAAACUAGGAAUAAUAAUAAUAACAAAAGUGUUAAAGAAUUUGUAACGAAUCCAUCGAAUAAAACAAUAAUUAAUUUAACGGAAGACGGUGCAACUAUACAAUGUAGUUACGAUAGUAAUCAGUCUCCAAGGAAAAGUACUUUUUCGUUGAAUAAUGGAGGCAGAGGGAACGACAAGAAGACAAUCGUAGUUGAGCUACACCACACCAAUACUACAACAUGUGGGAAACCGGCUUGUAAUAACUUUAUUCCUCCACCUAUGAUGGAGGCUAGUUCGGAUAGUACCAGUGUUUCAAGCACGGUAUCUUUAUCAAAUGCUAUUGCAGAAGAAAUACUAAGAAGAAAACAGAUGAAAAAAUCUACGAACACCGAAAACGUUCCCCCUCCUGUUGUGCCUAAAAAAAUAGUAACAAAAACUGUUGACAAUGACAAGAAAAAACAACACGACGCUCUCAUGGACGAAUUUAAAAAAGUGCACAGGAAAAUGUUUGCUAAUCUGGAUAUUACUGACAAAGAAACAGCAACGCAUAACAUAGAUAAUAGCGAUCCAAUGGACAGACAACCUACUUUGCCGCUCAAGAAAACCGAUCACCUUCCGUUCGAGGCAACAAAUGAUCCUCCAAUACCCAAACGCGAAGCUACAGAGGAUCCACCACCUCCACCACCGAUGCCAAUAACAAACGGUCUACAAAACGGAAACCAUUUGGCGAAAGCUGAUAACAUAUUAAAGACAGUUUUAGACCUUAAAACUUCAAAUUGUAGAAAAAACGGUACUCUAACUCGAACUCCGACACCAGACUACGUCGACAAGGCACACGUACAACUAAAAACGGUCAAAGACGAAAAAGCUGAACUAGAAUCACUCGAAUCUUAUAAACUUAAGAAUCCCGUUAAUGUCGCACCAAAGCCGCCAUCAAAUUAUUUCGUAAAAGCACCAAAUGGAACUACGACCAUGAAGAAAAAUGCAAGACCCGUGUCAGUAACUAUAUGUGAAUAUUCAAACAACGGCAACAGUAGACGUGAACCAACGAAGUUAGACUUUUUAGGUACUGAUAUGCCAGAUGGAAUUUUAAGCGAUGGGAAUGAUAUACCUAUCACGAACAGACUGCAAUCAGAACUAGCUUUAACUUUGUCUAGAUCUAAUUUACGUAAGAAAACUGAAGCUUUGGUCAAGUCCAUAAAUGGAAAUAUUAAUUUGAAUUUUGAUGAUACCGGUAGUGACAGUACAUCUAUAGACAAAAAUUUUCAUGCCAGAUAUGGCAACAAUCUCUUACCCCUACCGCCUUCGAUAUCUAUACCUAAAGUAACAAGCAAAAUUGAGAAUUGACCUAAAACUGAUGUAAUACCUACCUACAUUAAAAAUAAAAACUACAAAACAUACCACCUCAACAAAACCAAAGUAUCUAUACAAACAUUUUGUUAGUCUAUUUAAAAAUCACAGUUUCCAGAUCGCACCAAAAAGUACCUACAAAACAAUUGUGCUUUAACUAAUUAUUUAAGGUGCUGGUUUAAAUAUGAUUAGGUUGAUUAACUUCCACGCAUCCGAUUUAUGUUUGAGUUAAGCACUGUAACUAAAGCAAUUAUAUUUUUUGAUAGUCAAAUAGUUGUUUGAUUUUAAUUUUGUCUCAUUUUUCAGAACGACGCGAGUCGGUAGACUUAGAAAAUUGGGAAAAAAUGGAAAAAUACAGAAAAGGAGCUAUUCGCGAUUCUAAAGGAGUUUUCAAAAAUUUUAUAAACCAAAGUUAGAUAAUUGUAUAAUUUAUGGAAAGUAAAAAAAUAACAUAGUCAAACUGUCUUAAAUUAUUCUUAGGUUGAAAUAAUUUUUUUAAUAUAAUUUUGUGAUCGUGUUCAUGAGUAAUUUUAUCUGCGUAAAAUAAAUUGUCUAAUAAUUAUUGAUACAUAACUAGUGUAUACUUAUUCCAUAAUAUUUUUGUUAUUUUUAAUAGACCUACAUAUCUAAUACAUUUGUUUCAUCGAAACCUAAGUCAAUAAAAUAAAGCAUAUAAAUCAACUUGAA